GUACCAUUCAUCCUGGGCGUCAGCAACCUUCUCUCACCCGUCACGCCAGUUUCGCACCCAUGGUGGACGUGGUGUGUGAGCGCGUGAAGAAGGUCAAUCUCGACGUGCGCAAGGCGCAUGCCAUCAGCGCAUUCCAGGCAGCGGCCAGCGUGGCGGCGGUGUUCGGCAAGUGCUGCACAGACAAGGCUGCUCUGACCCGCAGGGCUGAACAGGAGAAGCUUCUCAGAAAUGCACUGGCCACAAGCGAGG